UCAAGUGGUCAUUUAUGUUAUAACAUACAAAUAAUGCUAUAAAAAUUGUUGAUGUAUGAUUGUUUCUAUUGAACAUAUUUUAUAAUAAAUGGAUCAAUGGCUUUCCACCAGGGGGCUUAUGGGUGGAACUCCCACAGAUCUUACUUUCACUUUUCAUUAAAAUGCUUUAUGCUGUGAAAAGAACAUUUGACAUAUUUGGCACAUCAACAUUUCAGAUAUUAUUGACUGACAAUUAUGCCUAACCAAAUCAAAUUGUUGAUCUUAUUGUGUUCGACAAAGGCUGUGUUCUCCAUAACCGAGAAUGGUCCUUGUGAACUGGGAGGCGAAGUUGUGUUGACACCGGUCUCUGUGACUAACCCCCCCUCAUCAAUCCUAUGGAGACUGGGGCAGAACAAGGUGGCAGACUUUGACAUGGAUUUUGGCACUACUGUAUCCUACUAUGGUGACUUCAACGGCCGCACAACCCUAGAUAAAACUACUGGAGAACUGAUAAUCACCGGGUUGAGGAAAACAGAUGAAGGGGUGUACUCUGUGGAGUUUAACAGCAAACGGCUUGAGAAGACCUAUACAUUAUCUGUUCUCAAACCAGUCCCCAAACCAGCUAUAAUAGUUUCCUGCAAUGACAACAAAAUCUCCUGCACUCUGACCUGUGAUGGUGACACAGCUGGUGCUGAACCAGUCACCUACUGGUGGAAAGAGGGAGAGAGGAACUUGGAGGAGAUUGGCAAGUUACUGACUGUCAGUAAGAGUGACAGUAAACUCAACCAAAAUAGAUACAAGUACACCUGCAAGCUGAAGAAUGGUGUUAGUGAGAAAGACAGUGAUCCAGUGGGACCGUUGUUUGACCCAAACAAUGUUCCUUGUGAAUUGGGAGGCGAAGUUGUGUUGACGCCGGUCUCUAUGACUAACCCCCCCUCAUCAAUCCUAUGGAGGCUGGGGCAGAACAUGGUGGCAGACUUUGACACGGAUUUUGGCCCUGAGGUAACCUACUAUGGUGACUUCAACGGCCGCACAACCCUAGAUACAACUACUGGAGAACUGACAAUCACCGGGUUGAGGAAAACAGAUGAAGGGGUGUACUCUGUGGAGUUUAACAGCAAACGGCUUGAGAAGACCUAUACAUUAUCUGUUCUCAAACCAGUCCCCAAACAAGCUAUAAUUGUUUCCUGCAAUGACAACAACAUCUCCUGCACUCUGACCUGUGAUGGUGACACAGCUGGUGCUGAACCAGUCACCUACUGGUGGAAAGUGGGAGAGGGGAACUGGGAGGAGAUUGGCAAGUUACUGACUGUUGCUAAGAGUGACAGUAAACUCAAUCAAAAUGGAUACAAGUACACCUGCAAGCUGAAGAAUGGUGUUAGUGAGAAAGACAGUGAUCCAGUGGGACCGUUGUUUGACCCAAAGGCUGUGUUCUCCAUAAUCGACAAUGUUCCUUGUGAAUUGGGAGGCGAAGUUGUGUUGACGCCGGUCUCUAUGACUAACCCCCCCUCAUCAAUCCUAUGGAGGCUGGGGCAGAUCAAGGUGGCAGACUUUGACACGGAUUUUGGCCCUGAGGUAACCUACUAUGGUGACUUCAACGGCCGCACAACCCUAGAUACAACUACUGGAGAACUGACAAUCACCGGGUUGAGGAAAACAGAUGAAGGGGUGUACUCUGUGGAGUUUAACAGCAAACGGCUUGAGAAGACCUAUACAUUAUCUGUUCUCAAACAAGUCCCCAAACCAGCUAUAAUAGUUUCCUGCAAUGACAACAACAUCUCCUGCAAUCUGACCUGUGAUGGUGACACAGCUGGUGCUGAACCAGUCACCUACUGGUGGAAAGAGGGAGAGGGGAACUGGGAGGAGAUUGGCAAGUUACUGACUGUCAUUAAGAGUGACAGUAAACUCAAUCAAAACGGAUACAAGUACACCUGCAAGCUGAAAAACCCUUUUAGUGAGGAAGUCAGUUAUUCAGUCAAAGAUGUGUUUGGUCCAGGAGAAACUCUUUUAACUACCAAGGCCAAGGAUUAGAGGAGCCAGUAUUUUAGGAUGGUGCUGAUAUCCUGACCCUAAUCUUACAUAAGGACAUCCAAGACAUCUGCUCUGUUACCGUCUGGAAGGAGGUACUGGACCCACAGGGCUCUGAGACUAUGUCUGUACCCAAGCAUUUCUACAGUCCACAAACCCUACUGAAUACUCAUAUACAAUACAAGCCUUCCUAUUUCUCAAUUGAAACAUGUAUCUUUCGAUAUUUGGACAAAUACAUAUGUUUUCUCAAAUUAAGCUAUGGUUUGAAUGUAUUUGUAAUAGAAUAUAUCUUUCAUAUAGAUAUUAACUUGUUUAAAAUAGUUGGAAAUGUAUUAUUAUUAUUUUAUCUAAAAAGUAUAAAACUAUAAACAGUGUUUUGGGUUCACCUAUAUCUCUAAAGGUGGUACAGCAGGAUAAUGACCGGUCAAUGUAAGUCAUUGACAACUACUUUGGGUCAUUGGCUGAAUUGAGCUGAAGUAAUCACCAAGUGGUAUAAUCAGUCUAUACUGUCUCCAGAACACUUCCUACAAUACAUUUAUAUCGAUUUAUAUAUAGAUCAUAUAUAUAAAUAAUUUUUUUUUU